AUGCCAGGCAUAGCAUUAGGCAGGAAAACGGUAUCACCAUGGUGUCAACGCCCGAUUCAGGCACGUCAGAAUCCCGUCGCCCUCGUGCAAAAAACGUCCGUCAACCUGCUUCCCACAGUCCGUGUCCCCGUAUUUCCGCAGUCGUCACGUCCGCAAGGCAAGAAGAAGAAGGUGCAGGAUGCAGCGCCCCCCUCCUCGCCUCGCCACCGUAUCACGAAGAAGGCGCGGCAUGCGUACACGGCGAGGGAGAAGCUGUACUGGCUGGAUAUGCUAGACACGCAGCCCGAUCUCAGCAUCCGGGGGUUGGCGCGGCUAGCUAACGUGCAACCGAAGCAGAUUCGCGAAUGGCGGAAAUUGAAGGAGCGACUCCUUGUUUCAGCGGCGUGUCGUCGUCGCCUCGUUGGCGCAGGCCGUAAGGCCAAGUGGCCUUUCAUGGAGCGGGCCGUCUACCCUCAGUUUUUGGCGCACCGUGCCAAGGGUCUGGCCGUCUCUGAUCAUUUGAUCCUGGCGCACAUGCGGGAUUCCGGCGAGGUGGAGGUGCUGGAAGACGUGAUGGAGGAGGAGCAGGAUGAACUGGUCCCCAACCCGUUCUACCUGGCCCCCGUGGUCACCCCUCCCGAUGUGACCGUCAAGAUGGAGGAGGAGGCCGUGCUGGCCGCUGAAGCAGAGGAGGCCGAUGAGGAGGCAGUACCUGCUAAGUCAGACUCGAGCGAGUCAGACGAUGGAAACGCGAGUGAAGCUGACGAGUGGAGUGACGACGGGGAUGAAUGGUGGGCCCCUGGUCGCUAUGAGGGGGCAGAGGUAGAGGAGUGGGUGGCGGGUGACGAAGAUGAGUAG